AUGGGGAUUGAGGCCACUAAUUCGGUUAAAAAGCUCGGUCUCUUGGUGACACAGAACCGACGGAAACGUGCGGAUGCGGAUACCGAUCAUGCAGCCAGCUCUUGUCGGCUGAAACGUCAUUGCUCGAACCAACUUCAUGAUAGCGAUACCGUGCCACCGGGUCAUUGGAAUGGGGGUGUUUACCAGCAAGAUGUAAGCCCAUCCGAGUCAAGUUCGUCGCCAGAUGAUAGUCAGCGGUUAUCCGUCCACCCCGGCCCAGGCAAUGUCGCUUCUAGUGUUACGCGAGUGCAUACCGACGAUGGGAGUGUUGAAGCUGCAGGCGUUCAGGGUUCAGGGAGUAUAGCUCAAAAGUCGCCAGCGCACCAAGAUCGUCCGCCAAUAUCAACAUUUCAACAAUGUCUUCCCUGCGAACAGCCGUCAGGCUUUGGGUAUGCAAACCAAACCAGAAGACAAAAGGGACAGGAAAAACUGCUUUCCCCACCAGAUGAAGAUGAGAAUCCAUCUACCAAGGAGCUAAAAGCCUUUGAAUCAAGGGACUUCGAGUCAAAGUCAGAUUUAGUGGUUGGUCCUGAAAGGAGGGGCGUUGGGAAACCACCUUCGCCGCUCCUGCCCCAGGAGCAGAGGAAAUGGUCCCCGAGUCGUGGGGAAGUCGCAGCUCAAGCGCAGCCCGAAGCCCAAGUUCAGGAAGGACCAAGCCUAGACCUUGAUACCAUACGAAUCGCCCCUAGCCCAGACUUCCCAGUUACAUCCAACUUCUCUGCACUGAACCAUAAACUUCCCACUGCCGGUUCAUGUUGCAGUAUUGUUCAAGAUUCUCAAAAUGAGGACUCUGAUGAUCAUAUCACAGAUGCCAGCGAGGAUGAUGUUGAUGUCGAGGUCGUCGACGACUUUGGAUGUCGCCAUGACUCCUGCAGCGACAGAGUUAUCAUUCACCUUGCGCAACCUCACUCGGCAAUCAUUCGAGGUCGCUCCCGUAACGAUGAAUACGGCCAUACUGAUAGUGGCGAUGAUAUUGCCGACAAAGAGCUUGGGGAAAACAACCAGGUAGGCGAUGAUGAGUCUACUGUUGAAGUAGUCGACGGACAAGAUGAGGCAGGGGCACCAGGCGCCGAGGCUUCCACAGGGGAACGCACUAAUUUACAUACCCUUUCUCAACUACUAGGCGCAACAAGUCUUGAAGAUCCGAUCCCAGAACGACAUGCGAGAGAUAAUAAUCAUAUAGCCAACGUACCACCUCCCUCCACUUCUCCGCCCGGGCGAACCAUCUCUCCCCCAGGAACUUCUUCAUACUCGGACGUCGAAGCCUCUGACCAAGACCCUUCGUCUUCAGAAACAGGCGCAUCCCAGGAAGACUCUGAUCGCGAUGUCUAUGGUCAUGGUUAUUCCGACGAAGAGAUGGAUGAAGAAGAAGCUGAAUACCUGUCGGAUCUGUCGGAUCUAUACGAAUCUGGCAGUAGCGCCUCUAACCCAACUACCAGCAAGAUACCUACGUCGCCAAAGACCUCGUCCGGAAGACGUCGACUAACGUCACCGGAGCGCGAGCUUGUUCGGCAAACAAGGGAGAUCGGUGCUUGUGUUCGUUGCCGAUUUCAGAAAAUCAAAUGCAUACCCAACCUUAGAAACCCCGAAGGCAAAUGCAAGACGUGCAAAAGAUUCUCCAAAACCUCACCGAAAACGAUCCAUCGAGUUCCCUGUUUGCGACUUCGAAUCACCGAGAUUGUGCUUUAUCGAAGUGGUGGUCUUAAUCUCACACAACGCUGGAAAGGCAUUGAGAUGCGAGACAUCCCAGAACGCGUCGAAAUGUCCUCAAUUACCAUUGAAGUUUCUCAGGAUCUUUGCAAAAAGCCCAUACGCUUGGACGUAGUUCAGUUCAUACCUCAAGACGGCGACGUUACAGCUAGGUACUGGACAGAAUGUCUAAUGGGACAAGCGACGUUGAAGAAAAAGGAAUUGGCAACAUAUUGUCUCAAGAGUAUUUAUGACACAGCUGGAUCUGUCAGACAAUACACCGUGGAAAAUGCGAUCCCCGCGUUUGUACACAUGAUACAAAAGGAAUCGGAGUCGGGGUGUGAAAGCGAGCCAAUCCGCAGGACAUACUAUACGGCAGUCCGACGCUAUGUGGCACUCAGCAGAGACAAGCGAUCCGGCAAUCCGCUGUCGUCGGAAGACAAGAGAGAGGUGGAAAUACUUGGAAACCUCUUCGUUUUGUGGUGUGCCAUUCAACAUACUGUGGGAUCUCUUUACAUACAAGGCGACGAAACACUAGGCAUGAUACCCGAAACCCAAGAUAAAUCCUAUCCACUCUACGGCAAGAUAGCAGCCCCCCGAAUGCUCGUCGCCCAAUUUGAUAACCUCGUAUACAAUGCGGUCCUCGAGACAUACAGAGAGAAACUGCUUCGGGAUCUUGACUGGCUCUUCAGUCAAGACAAGCGUCGUUGGUGGUUUACAAUAUACGCCAUCGUUUUCAUUUUGUUGCGCGAAGUCAGCCGGAUGACUGCAGAUCGAUAUCGACAUGCCAGAGAGAAUUUUGGAACCAUGCCGCGAUAUUCGAUUCCCGCAUUCGUCGAAAACCUCCAUAUAAGCUGCAAUAGCAUCCUCACACUUUGGCAUUAUUACAACUGCGGCGAGUGGCCUAGAAGAACAAGUGAAAAGAAUGCAGCACAUUUUGCGAGCCUUACAUCUGACGACGCAAGUCUCAUAAGGGAGACCCGUAGAGACAAAUGCAUCAAGGAGCAUCUGUCUGUAUGGAAGCAUUACAAGGCCAAUAAUGGCAAGGUAAACGAGUCUACUCUUGGAAAAUACCCUGGAACUGUUCACUACACAGGCAACCAAAACAAGUAUGCGUGGGAUCACCCACUCUACUGGGUGGCGCAGAUGUUCGAGAAGAACUGGUAUCCCCAUGAGACGUAUCAGAGGGAAACUAUACCCGCGAGUCCGUUUCCGGCACCCAUCAGUACGUCUGGUUAG